CGUCCAUUCCCUUCCCGGAAUCCACAGAGGCCGCCCGACUCGACACCGCCAUGGCCAGCCAGUCCCAGGGCAUCCACCAGCUCCUGCAGGCCGAGAAGAGGGCCAAGGACAAGCUGGAGGAGGCCAAGAAGAGAAAAGCCAAGCGCAUACGGCAAGCGAAGGAGGAGGCCAUGGUGGAGGUGGACCAGUACAGGAUGCAGAAGGAUAAGGAGUUUCGCGCAAAACAGGCGAAGGCCAUGGGCUCGCAGAGCAACCUGGUGGAGGAGAUGGAGGCGCAGGCGCUGGAGAGGAUCACAGAGCUGACGGGGAGCUACCGCCGCUGCCUGGAGGGCGUGCUGGCGCGGGUGCUGAGCCUGGUCUGCGACGUGAGGCCGGGGCUGCACCUGAACUACAGAGCCGCCCACUGAAGCCGGGACCACGGCUCCGUAAAGGGGUCUUGCAAGUCACCCGCUGGCUCCUGGCUUCCCGUCUUGUGGGAUUUUUUAAAAAAAUAAUUUUACUGAUUUUUACAGAGAGGAAGGGAGAGGGAACGAGAGAUAGAAACACCAAUAAAUGAUAAUAAUAAA